AACGCGAAGGCUUCAACGUACGACGUCUGCUCGCGGAAGUCUCUGACGAGCACCGACUUUUAAAGAGCGAUACCGGAACGUCAUCUUCGCUUUUGUUAAAUGUUCGAAUUGUUUGUAACCGCAGACCGACGAAGUCAACCCAAAGGCUUACCCGCUGGCCGAUCCCGAACUGACGGCGAAGAUCUUGAACAUCGUUCAGCAGGCCACAAACUACAAGCAGAUGAGGAAAGGCGCCAACGAAGCCACAAAGGCUCUGAACCGAGGGCUCGCCGAAAUCAUCGUCAUGGCCGCCGAUGCAACGCCUCUGGAAAUCGUCUUACACCUGCCGCUUCUAUGCGAAGACAAGAAUGUGCCAUAUGUGUUUGUGAGGUCCAAGCAUGCCCUGGGUCGAGCAUGCGGUGUUUCAAGGCCGGUCGUCGCCUGUUCAGUCACUGUCAAUGAGGGAUCACAGCUAAAGCCUCAGAUACAGAGCCUCCAGCAAGAAAUUGAAAAGCUGCUCGUCUGAGUGAAGGAAAACAAGACAAAAAUGAAAAAUGAACUCCUCUACCCCUCAUCUUUAUUCUCCGCAUUUUUUUUUUUUUCAUAAAUGAAAUGCACUUGCUUGUUUUGUACAUGA